AUGAAGCCUUGGCUGGCAUACUUGCGAGUGUUUGAACGAUGGGUUAUGCUCAUGAUGACGACGCUAAAUGCACCAAGCUGGAGCCAAAGAGCUUCAAGUAUGGUCCUUGGCUACGCCGACAACACGAUGGGCUAUCGUGUGUAUAAUUUGGAGCUGAAUGAGUUGAAGAUGUUAAGCGUGAACAAGGAUAUCGACAAAGUGGCUCAGCCUGGACUCCCUAAGGAAGUGCCCGUCGAGGAUAAACAAAUGGAGGUAAUGGAGAACCCACUUAAUGAUGUUUUUGAGAUGCAAGAAGAUGAAUCGAAGCCUGUCUCAUCAAGAAGAGAUUUGGCGACGUUUCAGCGAGUACAUAUGUCGAAGGCAAACGACACUACUGUAUUCAGACCCGAAAUGGAACGCUAUCGACGUUCUUGGGAACCAGCUCUUCUUCUUAGUUAUGGCUCUAUCAUAUUUGAUGAGCAUAAGACGGAUGACGACGAAAAUGUUGACUCUGACAACCAUUUAUCUCCACUGUCACCCAAUUGA